AUGCCAUCUCCCGCCCCAAUCACCGAUCCGACACUCCUCACCGUCCUGGAAGCCGCAUCGGCAGCGCGUCAACAAUGUCUCGAACUGCUCGAUCUCCUCACACUCAACACAUCAACGGAAGAAGAAACGUCGACCUCUGCUCGCAAAAUCGAAGCGCGUAUCGCCAUGCUACGCGGUCUGAAUCGACGCGCCAUCAUGGAAGUGCGACGCACCAAAGGCGAGACGACCGAGGCACGACAAGAGAUUGAUGCGCUGCAUCUGGGUCUGCAGAAUUUAUACUACGAGCAGCGCCAUUUGAGGGGCGAGAUUGGCGCUUGCGAGGGCUUUGAUCACAAGUACAUGAAACUACCCAUGGUGGAGGCGGAGGAGUUCCUGGAGCAGCAUCCGGAAUGCACGGAACUGGACGAGCAUGAGUUGACGCUUGCGCGAAUUGAGGACGAGAGGGUCAAGAGAGUCGAACUGGAGGCAAAGAGAGCGGAGUUGGUGAAGAGGAGGGAGGAGCUGGUCCGGGAGACGACGGCGAAGAAAGAGGAGCUGGCCAAGUUGGAUGCUGAGGUGGAGAAGUGGGUAGCUGGGCAGGAGCCGGCGCGGAAACUGUUCGAGGCGAGGGAAAAGAAGGCGGCGGAGGCGGCGGAAAAGGCUGCUGCUGCUGCUGGGAGUUGA